AUGGCAAUAAAGAAUGAUAGGGGUAUUAAUACUGAAUCAACUCCAAUCAAAAAUGAAUUAGUUUCAAUAUCUUUAUACUCUUUGAAAAGUAUAUGUUGGUGCUUUUAUUAUAAAGAAUGCAAUAAUCAAAAUCAAAACAAUAAUAAUAAUAAUAAUAAUAAUAACUAUAAUAUUAAUAAUAAUAAAUCAUUUAAAAUAAAAAUAAUGUUCUAUAGUUUAACCAGAACUUACCUUUCAAGUUUUUUAUAUUUUUUUUAUAAUAGAAAUAUAGAAAAAUAUUUGAUAUGGAAACUAUUAAUAUCAUUUAUUUUAAGUUCAAUAUCAAUUUUUUCAAACAAACUCGAUAAAAUAAAUACAAAAUUAAAUAUUUUCACAAGAAUCUAUUAUACUCUUUAUACACAAAAUCUUUUUUAUCAAAAAAUCAGCUAUUUCAAAAUGGUAUCAUCGAUAAUCAAUACAUUCACCGAAUUUAAAUUUGAAAAAGAUUACCUUUUAGAUAGAACAGGCGUUUUAUUAUUUAAUUUUGGUCUUUCUUUCAUUUUAUACGAAAUCAAUCUAUUUUUUGGAUUAUCAAUGUCAAUAUUUUUAAUUUAUUAUAAAUGUAAAAGUAGCAUCCACGACCUCGAAUUUAAAAAUAAAAAAUAA